AUGCAGAAAAUGGCGCACUCUGCCAUGAAGCUCACUGUUACUCUUCUCAUCACCAUGGUGCUCUGCAGCUCCCUUGGAGCUGGCUCGGCGCAUGAGAUUGUCCCUAGCUUUCUUCAGACACUUCUUGAAGGCUCUGCUGAACAGCUGUACACCGGGCCAAUUUCUCGAUAUAAAGUCGAUGAUUUGACUAGAGCUGCUUUGACCGCAUUAAAGGAAUGUAUUGAUGAGCUUUCUCCUGAGCACAAACUUGUUCGGACAGAGACCUAA